GGUCAAAACGUUCCAUUUACGGGGAUGAGAAGGUCUACCUCGGGGUCCGUGUCAAAAUGCCAGUGAGGGAUCUACUGAAGAAAAUCCGCAGAGACCAAGGAUGGGAAUGUGGAGAUUUAAAGGAGAUUUGUGGCAAACAAGUCAAAGGAGACUGGCAACAAGGCAAAAUGCGUGCACCGAGGAGAACCUACAAGAGAAAACGCUCCACUAAGAGCCUGGAGGAGCUGGCAAUCAUUGUGGAGGUGCUGGAGGAGGAUCUCCGGACCGGCAGCACCUGCACCUCCCCUCCCCGAUCUCUGCCGUCCCCCAACCCUCCAGUGUCUCCUGGGUGGUCUCCAUACGGUUCAGAAUACAACAGUGACGAGUCCGAUGAAAUGAUCCCCAGCCCCGAUUACUACACCACCUACUCACCGGGCUCGGAGCACCAGUGGACCCCGUCCCCUCCUGACUUCAUGCACACCGGCCUCCAGCCCUUUGGCAUCGGGAACGCUGGGUGGGAUGGUGGACGAGAGGUGGACAGGGCCGAUCCCCAGAACCACGACAGAAACCAGAACAACUCUGCUUUCUUCUGGGCUCAGCUUCAGAAAGAGGAGAGCCAGCUCAAGGACGUCUCUGACGAUGUGCUGCUGGCCACCGACGAACACGGCAAGACAGCUCUCCAUAAAGUGGUGUGUAUUGGAAAGAGGGCACAGAGCUACGCCAUCGCCAGAAGGAUGGCCGCACUUAACGGCCUGGACCUCAAAGACUCUGAUGGAAUGACCGCCCUCCUCCAUGCAGCAAAGCACAACCACCACCUGAUGGUGGCUGAUCUGAUCCUUCUGGGGGCCAACGUCAAUGAGACGAACAACUCAGGAAAGACCUGCCUCCACCUCAGUGCUGAGAAAGGCUACAUCAGAGUCCUGGAGGUUCUGAAAAACACAAUGAUGGAUGGUGUGUAUGUCGACGUUGAAGCCACUGAUAACUCUGGUAUGAGUGUCCUCCAGUGUGCUUCUUUGGCUCUGAAAGCCACCGUUCGUAAGCUGGAAAGCAACAAAUUGCCAAAUUACGCCAGACUCCACACGCUCCGCCAAGAGCAGAUGAUGGAAACCCUGGAAUGUCUGCUACUGAUGGGCAGCUACCUUCAUACCAUGUUGAGCCAGAGUUUGCAACCCAGAUUUGGUUGACCUUUGUGGCACUUCCGCCCGGCAGGGCUUCCUGGAGACCCGA